CCUCGAGCGACCAGUUUAAGGCCAUUUCCGGUCAUGAAUGAUAGGCGUAAGUCACCAGGUCUCACACUUAUACUGGUACAUUUAAUGUGAUACAUAUGGCAAAAUUUAGGAAUAAAUUCCCGGUCUAUUGAAAUGAUGUGAAAAACAAGAGACACUUAAGUUGAAUUAAAGUCAAUUUUGCACGGUUACGAAGGCCGCCGUCUGUUAGGCGGUAAAAAUUAAUGCAGACACCGAAGACAAUCAUUGGAAUAUUUUAUCUUUAAGAAUUACUGGAUUUUAACAACUUGAGAUAAUCAUCUAAGUACCUACCUUUAUGUUAAACAUAUUUUAGUAGCUAGAUAGGACAGCUAACGACUAGCUAGAAAUGUAUAAUUCCCUAGGGGGUUACAGGUUUUUUUUUGCAACCGGGACAAACAUAGCUCUUUAUUCUUUAGUAAACCAUCAACAAAUAUGUUUUUUUUUUUCGACAAGUGUGAUAAAAACUAAUAUAGGUAAAGCUACAAACGACUGGCACUUAUUUAGAAAAACUAUAAAAACUUGCUUUGCUAUUUGUCCAAUAGGCGUUGUUUUGACAAAUAACUACAAACGUCAAAGUAUUUUGAAUGCAUACAAGAUUUUAUUAACUGAAUAAAAAACAUUUUGUUUGUAUUAUAAAAUCAAUAAUCAUGAGCCACUCUAUGAGCAGUCCAAAGAAUAUCCAACUGAUUUUCGAGACGUAUCAAAAAUCUAGAAUUGCGUUCGUGCAAGCCAUGGCAGAGCUGGCAACGAGGGCGUCCAACGUUAAAUGUUUGGAAAGCGUCGGGGUAUUAGAGCUCCUUCGGCCGCUUCUCUCAGACCCGUGCAGCACUGUGAGGCAGUGCGCCGUGGUCGCGGCAGCCAGACUGGCGGAACAUGACGAGGGAGUAGCACGGCAGCUGCUCGCGACUGGCAUGGCUACCAUUGCGUUGGAGAACCUCAACAAGUAUAACGUAUUUUACAAAAGAUCUGCACUGUAUCUUAUGCGAGCUGUGGCAAAGCACAACGAGGAACUCGCUUCAUCCAUCGUUCGCCUUGGAGCGCUCGAGCAUAUCGUGUCGUGUCUAGACGACUUUGACACCCAGGUGAAAGAAAACGCGGCCUGGGCUUUGGGCUACAUCGGCAAACACAACGAGGUUCUAGCGGGCAUGGUGGCGGAUGCAGGCACGCUCCCUCUGCUCGUGCUAGCCUUUCAGGAGCCCGAGAUAAGUCUCAAACAGAUCACAGCAGGUGCCCUGGUAGAUUUAGCGCAGCAUAAACCCGAAGCGGUUGUGGACGCUGGAGCCAUUUGUCACCUAGUGAGAGGAUUGGAAAACCAGGACCCAAAGUUAAAGCGCAGCACGUUAUGCGCGCUCGGUGCGGUGGCAAGCGCGCGCGCGGAGUUGGCAGAGGCCGUGGUAGCCGGCGGGGCUUUACCGCCUGCCCUCCUACACGCUGGUCAUGACGCAGCGCCCGUGCGCCGUGCCGCCGCCUGUCUUAUCCGGGACAUCGUUAAGCAGUCGGUUGAUCUAGCCCAGUUAGUGGUGAACACAGGCGGCUGCGGGCCGCUGGUGGAUCUUCUUAGCGAGAGCACCGGCGGCGUACGAGUGCCGGCGUGCAUGGCGCUUGGCUACAUCGCCGGCCAGUCUGAUCAGCUCGCCAUGGCGGUCAUCGAGGCCAAGGCUAUCUGUGUAUUGGUGAACAUCCUUCAGAACACGGAGGGCGAUGACGCGGAGCUGUGCGCCGCGGCGUGGACGCUCGGCCAUAUUGCGAAGCACUCGCCACAGCACAGCUUGGCCGUGGCCGUCGCUAACGCUCUGCCCAGGCUACUGCAGUUAUACACAAAUCCAAAGUCAUCAGCUGAGGUGCACGCCAGGACCUCCUGUGCGCUCAAACAGGCUCUUCAAUGCUGUUUGCAUCGCCCUGCACUGGAGCCCUUACUGCAUGCUGCACCCGCUUGCAUUCUCAAAUAUGUCCUCGCACAGUAUGCUAAGAUAUUGCCGAACGAUGCAAGAGCAAGAAGACUUUUUGUAACAACUGGUGCAUUAAAGAGAAUACAAGAAAUAGACACAGUUCCAGGGACAUCUUUAAAAGAAUACAUCAACAUUAUAAACAGUUGCUUCCCUGAAGAAAUAGUCAGAUAUUAUACCCCAGGAUUCUCAGAUUCAUUGCUCGACAGAGUAGAAGCGUUUACGCCUCAGAUACCCGAACUAUUCACAGACAGAGUACCAAGUGAUUGCCAGAGUGAAUUAACAGUAGAAAAUACAAAUUAAACAGUAUUAAUUUAUCAAUGUUACAUUUUAUUCAAUAAAAGUUUGUUUCAUAU